GUCUUAGACAACCAGACAACCUUCAGUGUCAUGAGAGAAAACUUGGAAACAUUGUGAUUCAGUUUGUGUACAAUAAGGCUGUGGUCGACCAUGUCAUAACUUAAUUGAAUAAAAACGCUGCAGACAAAUGAAGAAAAUUAAAUAAAUAGGCAAUUGAUAACACAAACUGGUAAGAGAAGGAUCGUACAAUCUGAGUAAAGUAAACAGGAAGGAUUGCGAUCAAGUACUGCUGAGGAUACUAGAAGCCAUGGACAUCAACGAGUCAUCAGCGCAGGAAAAUAUCGUAAGUUUGGAGAUCGAGAGGUUGGAUACGAAAAGGUAGGGAAGAGGAUAGGAAUAGCUUCUUGAGAACAAGAACAGAGUAUAUUUGGAGCAUUAGAAAACAAAACAGAUUAAUGUGGUAACAACUAAUAGUCGAAGAGAAAAAUUAUCCUUGAGGAAAAGCGUAUAAGAUAGCGUCACAGAGAUUGAAGAAGGAAACCCUGUUAGUGAGUGUUGAUAGAGGUGACGGGACGUGUACGGAAACCAUAAACGAAACUGUGAAAGUGAUGUUAAAAGAACUUGUGCCGGACGACAAGGAAGAUGAGAAGACUGAGGGAGAGAAAGAAAUCAGAAGACAAAUGCCAGAAGAGAUUACGGAUGAAAAUGAAAGAGAAUAUACAGAGGAAGAGUUACCUGAGCAGUGAAACAAUUGAAGGACAAGAAAGCGCCCCGAUAAAAUAUAGUUAUUUAACUAAAAAUGUAUUUUGUUGGAAUUAUUUUUCAAUUUGUUGAUACAAUUGCUUUUUAAAAUUCUACAAGUACAAUAGAUAAUGCUUUAUACUUAAUCAAAUAGUAGUACAUGUGUUAGCCGCCUUUGACGUUUACCACUGACAUAUUCACCAUAGUUCUUUUAGUUUUAUCUCGUCGACCGUCGUCUGCUUCUUCAAAGUUCAAGUUAAGGCUGAUUACUGUUACUAUGAAUGAUUAAAUCAUGUUGAUGUCUGAUUGCCUGAGAAUUGUAUAAUACUUUUUUGUGAAGCUGUAAUUUUCUGUUUAAUUGAAUCAGGUUAACGAUAUUAAGGAUAUAAAAAAGAAUAUAAUUUUCUUGAAUAAUUUUAAAAAGUGUUUAUUUUGUAGUUGUCUAUUGAAAACAAUCAUGUCAACAAGUAUUACAAAUAUAAAUAAUGUGGACAAACCUAUUAUAGCAAGUAAAGUUGGGUUUGUUGGAGCUGGUAAUAUGGCACAAGCAAUAGUCACAGGAAUGUUAGAUGCUGAAAUAAUAAUGCCAGACCAGGUCAUCGUAUCAGCACCUUCAGAAAAUAAUUUUUCUUUUUGGGAAGAGAAAGGUGUAAAAACAACAACUGUGAAUGCUGAAGUUAUAAGAGCAAGUGAUGUGAUAAUUUUGUCUAUGAAGCCACAACAUUUAGAUGAAGCUCUGAAAAGUUUUGAUCGAGUUCCAAAUAAUAAACUGUACAUAUCAAUAUUGGCUGGAAUUUCCAUUGAGACAUUAAAUGAGAAGUCCGGUAGCGGGGACAAGCACAAAGCAGUCACAGCCAAGCACGUACAGCGCGAUCAACCAAUCUCAAUAUCUCCAACGUUACCUUAUAGAGACCUAGAACAUCUGCGGUUGAAGUCCGGUAGCGUGGACAAGCACAAAGCAGUCACAGCCAAGUACGUACAGCGCGAUCAACCAAUCUCAAUGUCUCCAACGUUACCUUAUAGAGACCUGGGACAUCUGCGAUAG